AAAAACUAUAUUCCAGCAUAACCAAACAGGGAAGAAAGAAAGAGGAGGAGAAAGAGUAUUCCCCCACUUUUAGCGACGCCUGAAAUUCGUAACAAUGGCGCGUCGACGUGAAGCGAAAUGCCGGUGCACAAAUUAAAUAAAUAAUAUCGAAUGAAUUAGUGGAGCUUUCAAAUAUAGGAGCAGAAGUUCGAGAGCCGAGACGGGAAGGCAAAAAAAUCCAGGCCACCGGAACCUACAUCAAACUCCCUCUCUCUCUCUUUUCAAUUCGCAGCCGAAAUCUUCGGACUCUGCUUCAAAUAUGGGAAGAGGAAAGUUCAAGGGCAAGCCCACUGGUCACCGCAACUUCUCUACACACGAAGAACUCAUUUCCGGUAGCUCGUCCCGCCCACGAACUUUUAAGAGGGAAGAAGUCAAAGAGGAUGUAGAAGAAGGGUCUGAAGAGGAGAUAGAAAAAGAAGAAGAACCUGAGAAGCGGAAAGGCACCCUGGGCCUCAUUGAGAUUGAAAAUCCCAAUUUAGUAAAACCGAAGAAUUUGAAGGCUGGAAAUGUUGAUAUGGAGAAAACAACUGAACUAUCAAGGCGUGAAAGAGAGGAGAUAGAGAAACAAAAAGCUCAUGAGCGAUACAUGAGGCUGCAAGAACAAGGAAAAACAGAACAAGCAAGAAAAGAUUUAGAACGCUUAGCCCUGAUACGGCAACAAAGAGCAGAGGCUGCUAGGAAGCGGGAAGAAGAGAAGGCUGCAAAAGAACAGAAAAAAGGCGAGGCACGCAAAUGAGAGAUUAUGAAUAAGCCAAGCAUAUAAAAUCUUGGUUGCUCUCUCUCUGAAUAUUUAACCCUUUUUAACCUGUACUCUGAAGCUAUGAAAUUCUCAUAAAUAGUGAUGCAGUUUGGUUUUAUGUCCUGAUAAUGUCAGAAAAAUUGUAAUAGGUCUUGUUUUGUUAUGGAUGAAAACUUGGUGUUGAACCAUAUUCUCUGUUGGCUUUAUUCUUUUUAGACAGACCAUGUACAUAUCUGAUAGCUCCAUCUAAUUCUGGUC